AUGCAACAACGACGCCCAAUAUUCAAUAGGCCGUUACAUACGCAGCAGUUCAACGUUCCCGGCAUUGGAGAGAUCAACCUUAGUUUCCUACCGUCGCCACAAAACAACGUCAACUUGCUUUUCGAUAAAAACCAGAAGACCGGGAUGAGCGGAGAGAUUAAACCUCAACAGCUCGUCGAUGGUCAAACACAAGUAGUCCAGCAGCAAAUAAGCAUGUCCCAGCACGAGCCCACGCAGCAGCAUCAUCAGACAGUAACCGUUGUAUCUUCCAUGCCGAGCAGUAUGGCCCAGCACCAGGUACAGCAGCAGCAGCAGCAGCAAGCUAGCGGAAUUCAGCAGCAAUCCGGAGCAGGAAUUUCUACCAUGCCACCGCUACAAAGCCUGCCACAACAUACACAACAUCCACAACAGAUAAGUGCCGAAUGGGGUCACAGCCGGGUGCAGGUGAUCCAGCAGCCCCUGCAGAACAGCACUUACCUUCAGCAACUGUACAACACUCAAGGCCCGCUAAUCAUGCCCGGGAAUAUAGCCCUGCACCCCGGUAUCAACUCUCAGCAAAUUCAGGUCAUAGCGGCCGGGAAGCCAUUCCAGGGUAAUCAGCUCGCGCCGCACAUGCUUACCACCCAAGGAAAACAGGUCUUACAAGGUCAAGCAGCGCCGUUCCCGGGGUACACCACUAUCCCGGCCAUCCCGACCACGCAGAACCAGACAUUCGUGUUCAGUCCACUGGGCGUCAUAAACUCCCAGCCGAGUAUAAUACCUGCCCAUUCCCAGCCCACUGUAUCUGGGAUAGGCCAGCAACAGAAGCAGACUGAGAUGCACAAGGUGAUGAGCGGUGGCAAGAUGUCGGGGAGUAAAGUCGGCGGUGGAGGCGCUGGUGGAGGGCAAACCAUUCCCGUGCAAGCUCAGUGCGUGCAAGUCUCUCAGCCUGUUCUCGGUGCACAGCAGCCUACUCAAGCACAGAUCAUCAGCCCAUUACAGUGUUCGGUGAUUCCGCAGACCGGUGGGCAGACAAUGCAGUUCGCACCGUGGCAGAUUUCCGGCGCACUCCCGCAAGUGUGGACUGGGGGAUUGCAAGCCGGUACCUUGCCAGCGGGAGGCCUGCUCGCCCCCAAUCCCAUUUUUAUAAGGGGAACACAACCCGACGCUCCGCCCUCUAUGUUCAUACAACAUUCUCCGCAGAACACUGUGCAGCAUAACAAUGCAAGUGUCGCGUGCGCUACGGGAAGCACAGCGAAGCCCCGGGCCUCAUCAGAAGGCAUGGCGAAGACGCCGCGUCCGCUUUCAAACAUAUUGCCCUCAGGCGGGAUAAGACCGGCUUCUUCGGUCUCCACUCAAACUAAUGCAAAUCAGGCCCAAAACCAGACCAAACAUCGGGGCAAGCCAGGCGUAAGAUCGCCAGCUCCGACCGCUAAACAAGAUGCAGCCAACCAGACCAACAAGAUGCAGCAUCAGAUGCAACAGCACAAGCAACCGCUUUUGGUUAUGAACUCCAGCGGUCAAAUGACACAAAUAACAAGCGUUCAAGACAAGCAGCCUACCAACAAGAACAUGCAGCAACAAGCCAUUAUGCAGCAACAUUCUAUGCAGCAACAACAACAGCAGCAGCAACAGCAGCAAAAACAGCAGCAGCAGCAACAGCAGCAGCAGCAGCAACAGCAGCAGCAGCAGCAGCAACAACAACUUAUCCAUCAACAGCAAACGCAGCAAAUUGUCCAGCAUUAUCAACAGCAAGGCAUGACUCUGGGCAUGCAGCAAGGCCUACCAGUGGGUUCAGUCUCCCAAACUCUGCCCAUGACCGGGAUGCCACCAACCAUAUCAAUGGUACAACAGAUACACCCGCUUGGUGGUAUGGCCCAGCCGGGUACUCUAGUUGGGCAGAUCAACACAAAUCAAGCCGGUCAGAAUGCCUCCAUCGCACAGGUUCAGAACAUGCAGCAGCAGCCUCAGACAUUGGUGGGAAGCGGCUUAGUCCAAACAUCUGUUGGCAUGGCCGUACAGCAACAAACCACCCUCAACCACUCCACACCCAUGCAAACGGUAUCAGCAAAUAGUCUUGGUUCGCCUCAGCUGACUCUUCAAGCGACCCAGGGUACCGUAGGCUUAAUAGCGGCGCCCGUUCAAGGCUCUGUUUUGCCUCUACAGCCCCAAGCUACCCUCGUUGCUCACGUGAAGAGCGAAGAUGAUAAGGGUCAGCAAAUGGCUGCUCAGGCACCAGUGGUGCAACAAAUAGCCCCCCAGCCAAUGGUGCAAACUGAAGUUACUCCGGAAGCGACUGCUUCGAUCGCAACAGGCUUCACUGCGGGUAGCACUGCUGCUGCUAACGUUUCUUCUGCUGCUACCACCACAACUUCGACUGCUGCCAUUGAUUCCACUAUAUCCACUAGCACUUCUACGAUUGGAGCUGUAACACCAACGGAGUCCAAAUCGAGCCCCUUAAAGUCAGAUUUACAAGCAAGCAAUGAUACCAACGCAGCCACUUCCGUCACCUUAGUGUCAACUUCGACCACUCCAGUGCCCAGCAGUGCUCAACAAACCACGCCUGUAGCCCCACAGGUGGUAACGACUGUGGCAUCAUCGUCGUCGGUGGCAACGGCAACCACGGCUGUGGCAGCACCUGUAGCAGCUGGCCCUGCUCCAUUGUUCAAGAGUUCUCAGUGUGCGCCGCGCCAUAUCAACCAGCAAGCUGCACACGACAAAGGGUUACCGAAGGCGAUGGUGAAACCCAACAUCCUGACACACGUUAUCGAAGGUUACGUGAUCCAAGAAGCCGGGGAACCCUUCGCAGUAAACAGACCUCUUCGUGAAUGGGUCGCCUCUGACAAAGAACAGGAUAAAGAAAACAAACUGCCGUCGCCUGAUGAGCCACCACGAAAGAAGCAGAUGUUGGACAAUGGCAGCAAUCUAGCUCGUAUCAGCUCGAGUAUGGAGAGUAGCGAGGCAGCGGCCGCACAGCAUGGAACAAAGCAGGAGUCCAUUUCAGACUCCACCCAAGACGAUACGGCUCAGCCCAAGAUACCCAACGCCAAUAAAUGGAGCGUGGCGGAAGUAUGCGAUUUCAUCCGCAAUAUUCCCGGGUGCGCUGGAUACGCGGAUGAGUUCCUCAUGCAGGAGGUGGACGGAGAGGCGCUGCUCCUUAUCAGGCCUGAGCACCUAGUUAUGGCGCUCUCCAUGAAGCUAGGGCCGGCGCUCAAGAUCGUCGCCUGCAUAGAUUCGCUACGUCCCGACAACGACCAACCCAAUAACGAUCACGACUGA